CUUCGGUCACUCCGCCCUACCCAUGUGGUCUGUCUCUAUGGUCCUGGGGGGAGAUCAACCCACAGAGGAAGAUGUUGUGGCGCUUGUUGUGGAGUUUCAGCCGCGGAGUGAGACCGCCUGGAGGAGGAGGAGCUGUUGGCGUUUCCCGCCCCCGUUCGGUGGCCCCGAUCCGACCUCCGGAGGGGGAGUCCGCGCAGUCCGAGGAAGGACGGCAAGACAGGCAUCGGCAGCACAAAGCCCAUGGAUAUGGGAAGCUCUCACAUCUCUACUGUCCCUUGGAUGCCUUCACCUGGAGCGCAUUGGUUGUUCUUGCUGUGGAGUUAGCUAAGCAGGUCCGGUGGCUGAAUUUUGUGCAACCAGGUGGGGUGGAUGGCAGGAUUCAUCACUUGGAGAGUCAGCUUGCCGUUUUGCCACAACAUCAGCACUCAGUCCUUCUGACAGGCCCAUCUUCUUCCUCCAGUCGGGUUAAAGAACAAAUCUUCAAGGGAGUGGACUCUGGGUGUGCACGGAAGAAUCCCACUUUUAGCAAAAGUUCACGGCAAAAAGAAUAUCAGCUUUUUUCAGAAACAGAGGACUUCCUCUGCCCACCCAGCACAAGCCAUGAACCAGGUUCACACCUAUCCCCGUUGCAGAGCAACCUGAAAGAAGAGACAUCUUUGAAUGAAGCUGCUUCACAAAUGCAACACGUGUUCCAGGCCAGCAUUUCUGUGGCAUCCAACAUCCUGGGCCUUAAGAACAUGCAGGAUGGACAGCACAAAAUGGCAUUUUCCUGUUUCAAGAUGGCUGCAGACAGAAACUACGAUAAAGCCCAGUUCAAUGUGGGAAUGUGCUAUGAACAUGGAAGAGGCACUACGAAGAAUAUGGCCAAGGCACUGUUCUACUACCGACAAGCAGCUCGCCAAGGGCACACCAUGGCUCAGUACCAUUAUGCAAAGUGGCUUCUCCACCACUGGCCCAGAGCAGACAACAAUGAUGGAAGUCUAAAGGAAGCAAUGGGGUUUCUGGACCAGGCAGCCACUUCAGGACUCGUACAGGCACAAGCCUAUCUUGGGAUGCUCCAUCUGAAGGGCAUGGAGCCUGGGAAGCAGAGAGUACAGAAAUGCUUGCACAUGACAGCCGGGAGUAGUAGGGAUUCUUCAUGCAGAUUUCGUUUGGGUGAUGGCUAUGAAAAGCAUUUUGAAAUCCAUCAAAAACAUCAGCAACCAUCUGCAAGGAACAGACCUGCGGAUGAGAAAACGGAAGUGACAACAGAAGAGGAGAUUGCAGUGAAGCGUUGGCACCAGACACCACUGCAAGCAAGAAACUUCUCAUCCAGCCCCUGCCUUCAGAGCUUGGAUCAGCCACUGGCUUCGCAUGUGGGGCAGCCAGCUGUUGGCCUACUUCACUCUUGGAGCACAGGAAGUCUCAGUGACUUCGCAGGUGGAUCUUUACAUGGCAUCCCUAGUCCAGCUUUCUCAGAUGGUCUCACCUUCAGGCUACAAUCCCUAGCUUGGUCCCCAGGAACAGUAAUUGGCUAAUAGGCCUAAUGAGGAAGCUUUCUUCUCAGACUUUUGGAAGAUGAUGCCUGUCGUCUUGGUUAACAAAAUCACUUAAACAUUUCAAGUAUAUAUAUUUUUUUAUCUUCUCCUAAAUGUAUACUUUUUAAGAUGAUAGUUCUCAAAAAAACUAUUACACUUACAGAGCUCUAACAAUGCAUGAUGCAGCCAAAUAAAGCAAAACGGAUGAGCUAUCUUACUUUCUCUUUCCCAUCUUCUCUUAUCAUAUACUGUCCACUACCCUCAGCAAAAUGAGUGUUCAUUUGCCUUAGAAGAAGGUGCCUUGCUGACAUCAGAAUUAUUAUCAGGACUUAACUGCUACACCUCAGAAAGGCAGUGCUUUAGG